CGAGGGGCGGCGACACGGGGUGGGCAGGCUGCAUAAAGGCCAAGCGGCGCGGCGGCAGCCGCUGGCUCUCCGCGGGACGAGGACGCGUCCCGGCGAUGGCCCUGAGCUCGCGGAGGCGGUCCCGGCGCGUGGACACCGGGUGCCCAGGCUGAGCGCCGUGCAAGACCAGAGCCCGGGAGGAGCGCCGUAAACUUGCUGGUGUUUUUCUCCAGCGAUGAACUCCUCCUUUCACCUGCAUUUCUUGGACCUCAGCCUGAAUGCCACCGAGGGCAACCUUUCAGGACUCAAUGUCAAGAACAAGUCUUCGCCCUGCGAGGACAUGGGCAUUGCUGUGGAGGUGUUUCUGACACUGGGUCUCAUCAGCCUCUUGGAGAACAUCUUGGUGAUCGGCGCCAUCGUGAAGAACAAGAACUUGCAUUCACCCAUGUACUUCUUCGUGUGCAGCUUAGCGGUAGCCGACAUGCUGGUCAGCAUGUCCAACGCCUGGGAGACCAUCGCCAUCUACCUGAUAAAUAACAAGCACCUGGUGAUGGCGGACACCUUCGUGCGUCACAUUGACAAUGUGUUCGACUCCAUGAUCUGCAUUUCCGUGGUGGCCUCUAUGUGCAGCUUGCUGGCCAUCGCGGUGGACAGGUACGUCACCAUCUUCUACGCGCUGCGCUACCAUCACAUCAUGACGGCCAAGCGCGCCGGGGUGAUCAUCGCCUGCAUCUGGACCUUCUGCACCGGGUGCGGCAUCGUCUUCAUCCUGUACUACGAGUCCACCUACGUCAUUGUCUGCCUCAUCUCCAUGUUCUUCACCAUGCUCUUCCUCAUGGUGUCCCUGUACAUACACAUGUUCCUCCUGGCGCGGACCCACGUCAAGCGCAUCGCCGCCGCGCCCGGGUACAGCUCGGUGCGGCAGAGGACCAGCAUGAAGGGCGCCAUCACGCUCACCAUGCUGCUGGGCGUCUUCAUCGUGUGCUGGGCCCCCUUCUUCCUCCACCUCGUCCUCAUGCUCUCGUGCCCGCAGAACGUCUACUGCUCUUGCUUCAUGUCCCACUUCAACAUGUACCUCAUACUCAUUAUGUGUAACUCUGUGAUAGACCCGCUGAUAUACGCCUUCCGCAGCCAGGAGAUGCGGAAGACCUUCAAGGAGAUUCUUUGUUGCCACGGCUUCCGAACCACCUGCAGGUUCCCGAGCAGGUAUUAAACACAAGGCCUCCUCUCUCCGGCUCUCAGAGCUGGUGAGGUCCAGCCAAGGAGUAAGGAGGAUUCCUGGGAAUCCAAACUGCAUUCCCUAGAGCUCUUCCCCAGCUCAGACGUGGGCUCCUUUUCUCCUGUGGUUAUUGUCGUGUCAAACAAGUGCGUGUUGCUUAUCCAUUUCAGAAAUGGUCUGUGACAAUUUCUCACUGUCCCUCUUCAUCCUCCUGUUUCUCGAUUCCAUCCUCCAUCUGUGUCCUCAGGGAAUGUACAAUAUACAGAGUGUGAGUCUAAGCUGCACAACAGGCUGCUAUGGAAAGAAAAACUAUGAAUAUCUACAUUAAGUAUGAUUCUUUUUUUUUUUUUUGCCCUAGAAGCAGGUCUGUACUUUGCUUGGUUCACUGUAGAGUAAUGCAUGCUUUCCAGGAAAGAAUAGAUGGUAAAAUUCUUUCCUUUUGAAAUGCCCUGUUCACUUGUGAUGGAUGUCUCUAUGGCCCUCCUUUCCUGAACUUUUGGCUUUGUGGCUUGUAUUUAUAAUUAUCCGAAGAUGGAAUUUCUUUAUUAUACUUCUGCCAGUCAUGGUUUUGCACUUACCCACACAUAAAACUGAAUGCUACAAACCUUGCCUCGUGUGUUGUGAAAGUCUCUGUGACGACUCCUUACUGUCUUAUUCUGACUCAAUCCAGGGUCCCAAGUACUUGGGGUAUGUCAGGGGCCCUUCCCCUCUCCUGCUGCGUGGAGCACACACCCGAGCUGAGCUGUUUUUAACCUUCUCACCCAGGGUCUGACUUGGUGUCUGAAACCUCAUCUGUGUAUGCUUUGCACUAUCUCAACCUGACCCUAGCGGCCGUUGAAGGUCGGGGGUCCAAUCCAGUACCCAGGGAGCCCCAUCUUCUCCAAUCUAGAAUGGAGUGAGAAUACCCCAGUUCAGGCCCCAGCUCAGCUGUCAGUGGCCGUGUGGCCUUCCCUGAAAUCUCAUCUCAGUC